AUGAGGCUUAACGUUUUCCUGGUCUUUGUUAUUUUCUGUCAAUUAAACUAUACUGAAGCAAUUCCAGUACAAGGUUUCUAUGCACCCAAGUGUCCUAACGCAGAGAGGAUCGUUUUCGAUUACGUCAGGAGACAUAUUCCAAAUGCACCGUCACUGGCUCCUGCUCUCCUUAAACUGCACUUCACUGAUUGCUUUGUGAGGGGAUGUGAUGCGUCUGUGCUGUUAAAUUCAACUUCCAGCAAUAAAGCGGAGAAAGAAGCAAGUUCGAACCUAAAUCUUCGUGGGUUUGAAUUCAUCAAUCGAAUUAAAGAACGCCUAGAGGCUGAAUGUCCUGGUGUUGUUUCAUGUGCUGAUAUACUUUCCCUAGCUGCAAGAGAUGCAAUUGGAGCUGUGGGAGGCCCUCAUUGGCGAGUUGUCACGGGACGAAGAGAUGGACUGAUUUCUAAGGCAUCAGAAGCUGACGAAGAAAUUCCAAGAUCAGAUUUUGAUUUUAACACACUCAUGAGAUCCUUCUCGAGCAAAGGGCUGAACGUGACAGAUCUAGUUUACUUAAGUGGAGCUCACACCAUUGGGUAUACUCACUGCACAUUCUUCAGCAACAGGCUCUACAAUUUCACAGGCUAUGCAGAUCAAGACCCUACACUCGACGCUUGCUAUGCUGAGAAACUGAAGGAAACAAAAUGCAAAACUCCUGAGGAUAGCAAAACUCUGAUUGAAAUGGAUCCGGGAAGCGCUAAAUCUUUCGACAUUGGAUAUUACAGGAAUGUACUCAGCAAGAGAGCCUUAUUUCAAUCUGAUAUGGCUCUUUUGACUGAUUCCUUAUCUAGAUCCGUAAUCUUUAACAUUGUCAGUGCACCGCGAGCUGAUUUUUACUUAGAUUUUGCUCUGGCUAUGGAGAAAAUGGGGAGGAUUAUGAUAAAGACUGGAGAUGAAGGUGAAAUAAGGAAAAAUUGCGCAGUUGUGAACAAUUAGACUGCAGGGACUUUUUGAAGAGUUUUACUAAAGCAUGAAUGUAGUGUGUAAUAAUAUUAUGGGUUCCAUGAACAAAAUUACUUUUGUUGUAUGGGUAAUAAAAUUAGACAUGCAUGGGUUGAUGUAGAUUUAGGAAAUUUGCAUGAAAGAACAAUAAAUAGUAC